CUUAUCUAUACAAGAAACAUAUUAUUUCUUGUGGAUGGGAGUUGAGGUUAAUUAUAUUCACUAUAACAACUUCUCGGUUUCAAAAAUUAGCAGGAGACAUUGUUAAAAUAUUUAAAGGAGAGUCUUGUUACACAUAUUAUACGCCGUUUACAUGUAAGAAUGGUGUUCGUAUACAGGCAAGUGGUAAGCUCUGGGAACAUUAUAAUUAUAUAAAAGGAGAUUUAAGAAAACAAGGAAUACUCCUUCAGCAAUCAAUUUCCAAAUCCAUACAAGAGACAUAUGCACAGACUGAAAUAGAUGAAGACAAACUGCAAUGGUUAUUCCACCACACAGAACCGUGGGAGCAAGUGUGUGAAUAUUGGAAUAAUACAUAUAGGGCUAGGAACAAGUUAUUAAUGCAAGACAAACUAAAUGUACUUGAAUAUUUUAAUAAGUUUCCUUGUCUUCAUGGUCGUCGCUGAAAUGGACAAAAAUGAGCAACUCGGCUAUAGGCCUACGUUAAACUCGUAGAAGACUUUAACAGACAGUAUCCCGAAAAAGAAUCGAUAUUUCCUAAAAGGUGGAAUAUUAUUAAAAAAGUUAUUAUUGACCAACUACAGCAAUUGAAUAAACGCCUCAGUGUUUCAGAUACAGCUCUUAUAUCUAUUUUACCAGCAAUAUCUUCUGAUAAACAAGAUGCGGUAAUUUUUUAUUUACUUCCGAUUCUUAUCGAAUCUCGUAGAGCAGGAGGUUAUAAAAAGAAAAGAAAUACGAACUGUGAGCAGGAUAGUGAAAACAGCAUCAGAAAGUUAACGUUACAAGAAUGUAGAGAUGCGUUUAUGUUACAUGCGCAGACUGUUGCUGAUUUGGAUCGUGCUUUAUAUGAUUUGAAGAGAAGACUGCAAAGAAACAAAGAUACUUUUCAACCGACACCUCUUAUAGUUGGACCUUUAGUAAACAUCGAAUCAUCAUACGUGAUUGUAAACGACCAAAAGUUUAAGGUGGAUUCAUGUUUGCAAGCUAUUGAAUUAACUUUCAAGAUAUUCUUUGCUGUUGAUUGCAAGUAUCCAACAUAUGCAGAAACGUUUUGGAUAUUCUUACAAAAAUCUGGUUUCGAUAUUCACUUACAAGAGAAAUGUAACAACUCAUUAAACGUUUUGUUAGGUCGCGUUAACGCAGAAAUGGAGCGUUUAGUUGCGACAUAAUUUUUCCGAACAUAAAUAUCAUUUCAUGUGCAAUCGUUAAUAAGAUGUUUCGGUGCUAUAUUUGUAGUACAUUUUUAUGUUUCGAUAAUAAGUCGCUUCUAAAUCAUUACAAAGAAUUCCAUCCUUUAUUAAAAAUAUAUAGAUGUAACGAUAAUAAUUGCAGCAGAUCUUUUGCUAUAUUUGAUUCUUUUAAGAAACAUAGAUAUAACAAACAUUUAUCAGAGACUAAUAUUACAUAUAAUAACCAAACUAUAAAACAAUAUGAUCAAAACGCGGAUUUUAUAGAUGCAAUAGAUAAAGUCUUAACAGUGGGAACAAAUCAACGUAUACAACAUUAUGAAGAUAAAAAAUGUGAAAAUGUGGAGUAUAUAAUAGAUCCCAUACAAAUUAAGUCUGAUUCUGAUAUUGAAACUGAUUUAGAAGACGAUUUAUUUUUCGACAUUCCACAAAACGAUGGCCACACUAGUGAAGCGACAAACGUAAAAUUUGAGGAACAUAAAGAAAUUAUUAAUUUCACAAGUAAAUUAUACACUUAUUUAGACGUACCUCGUGUUAGGGUAAAUGAUAUUGUGAGAAGUACAGGAAAUCUCAUCGACAAUUAUUUACUUUUACUAGAAAAACAUUUAUUAAAUCGACUUGAAACUUUUAAUUUAAGUUUAGAUUCAAUAUCUGCUAUUAAAGAAGUAUUCGCAGAUUUUAGUGAUCCUUUCACGGAUUGUAAAAGCGAAUGGCGUUUUUUUAAAUUGUUAAAAUGCUAUGAUACAUUUAUACUUCCUGAACAAUAUUUAAUCGGAGAAAGAGAAGAAUUCCGAGAAAAGAAUGGCGUAAAUAUUAUUCAAAGUAUUUCAGUGUAUGCACAGUUUAUUCCUCUUCGCAAAGUUUUUCAAAAAAUAUUUGAAAUCCCAAAUCUUUUUGACGAAACAUUAAGAUAUUACCAAUCGCUGAGAUCAAAUAACAAUAUUAUAGAAAAUUUUGUUCAGGGAUCUCUUUGGGAAGAGAUAAGUUCGCAUUUCAUAGGAAAGAUUGUUUAUCCUAUUUUUUAAUUUUUUGAUGAUUAUGAGAAUAAUAAUGUGUUAGGCUCUCAUAAAGGCUUAUCUAAGUGUGGCGCAGUUUAUGUAACUAUACCAUGUUUACCUCCUUACAUGCAAUCAAAGUUAGAGAAUAUCUUUCUGUUCUUUUUAUUUAACUCACUUGAUCGACAAAUGUUUGGCAAUAGAAGUGUUUUUCAAAAAGCAAUUGACGAGUUGCAUUACCUACAAACAGAAGGUAUAACAAUUAAACAUAAAGAUGGAAACAAGCAAGUAUAUUUUGUUUUGUCUUUAGUCGUGGGAGACAAUUUGAGUGUUCAUUCUAUUUUUGGUUUCGUGGAAAGUUUCAAUGCUACAUUUUUUUGUCGAUUCUGUCUAAUUAAUAGAAAAUGUAUUUGUGAUUUCUUAGAUGAACGUAUGUGCAUUCUCCGUAAUGUAGAUAAUUAUACUUCACUUUUGGCAUUAAAGGAUGUGAGUAAAUCUGGUAUAGUUAGUCAGUGUGUGUUCAAUGAUUUAGAUUAUUUUCACGUUACAAAAAAUUUAGGUGUAGAUGUUAUGCAUGACAUUUUAGAAGGUGUAUGCAGAUACGAUUUGGCGUUAUUUCUAAAUUAUUUUAUUGCUAAGAAAUACUUAACUUUAAUAGAUGUUAAUACUAGAAUAAGAUCAUUUCGAUACAGUCACAAACAUAAUAUUAAUAAACCUGUGGAAAUCACAGAACAAAACUUAAAAAAUAAAGCAAUCAUAAUGAGUUCUGCCGAAAUGUUGUUAUUAGUAAGGCAUUUUUGUUUAAUUAUCGGCUCUUUUAUUCCACAGGAAGACGAAUGUUGGCAGCUUGUUAUUCUUUUAAAGCAAAUAAUCGACAUUACAACUAGUUCAAGAGUUCAUUGUGAAACGUAUCAUUUAUUAGACACUAUUAUUAAUGAAUAUUUAACUUUAUUAAAUAACCAAUUCCCAGGCAAGAUAAAACCGAAACAUCACUUUUUAAUUCAUUAUGCUCGAAUAAUGAAGCUUGUCGGUGUAUUAUGGAAAACUAAUUGUAUGCGAUACGAAGGUAAACAUAAAGAAGAAAAAAAAACAUCCCAAGCUACAAAUAGUCGAGCAAAUAUUUCAAGAACAAUAGCUAUAAAACACCAACUGCUUUUAAACUACAGGUUGCAAUAUAAUAUUUCAUCCUGCCAUUUGUUAACUCUUGGACCAGUUGCCCAAAAGAAUGUACGCGAAAUACCUUUUGUUAAUAAUUGUAUUACACCUUUUCAAGUAGAAUUUAACAUAUUAAUUGCUAAGUGGAUAUGUUACAACAAUAAUAUUAUUAACAAAAGAGCCAUUAUCGUUACAUUCAACGAAGAAGGAGUAGAUUUUUAUUUUGUGCACACUAUUAUUAUUAAUAAAGAACAAAAUGACUUUGUUAUUUUAACUAAAAGAAUGUUACAGUGCUAUCUAGAUGAACAUGUACAAUCCUACAAAAUUUAUGAUAAUACUUGUUUUGAGUGGGUUUAUUUAACUAAGAAGAAUUUAUUUAAUUCUGUUGUAACACAUUGCGUUAGGCUUAGUGAAAGCGAAAUUUAUAUGGUUAAAAAAUGGUUUUAAAGAAAUACCAAAUAAAUGAAAUUAUCAUUGAAAA